CAGUGUCAGGAAGUUUACUAUAUAAACUUCAGUCCAGGAGCUAUUGUCAUAAAAUACUGUGUAAUUUGAUGGCAAGAGUGGACUUCAAUGGCUGUUAUUUACAUUAAGUGUUUUUAUAGAUUUACUGCACCCUAGGUUGUGUUAUAUAGACUGGAAGGUUUGGUUAUAACAAGCAAUCUUGAUGUAAUCCAAGGAGGGAUGGGUCGGUAAAUAGUGAAACCCUUGUUAAUGUUAACACUACUUAACUAUGUUAGUAUGUAACACUACAAUAUACAAUACACUGUCUCUAUUUCAUCAUGGUAUAAGCUUUCACUAACACUCAUUCAUUUAUAUAUACUGUACUGGAUCGGAACCUAAUAAACAAGGCUUGACAGAUUGAAGAAACAGUCAAGAGAUCAUGCCGAACAGAAAUUUGUUAAAGAAUAUGUAUGAAAUUUGAUAGAGACAAAACACAACAGAUAUGUGGUGGCAUAGAAAGUUUGAUUUACAAUACUGUGAGACAGUGAGGAAAGUGAAUUGGAUAUUUUAACAGCAACAUAAGAUCACCAUGUCAGUGAGAGAAAGUGAAACAGUGCCGUGUUGUCAGUGUUUGUUGAAUAAUGGUGUUAAAUGGAGAGUUUACCAGUUUAUGAUUAUUGGAUUUUAGUGACUGUUGUAAGAGAUAUUAGAGUUUAAUACUCAUGUAGAACAUUGACAUAACAAAGUGUCAUCAUAACAUUUUCUUAUCUUUUUUAAUACGAAGAAAAGAAAGUUUUUAAAUCAUUGAUCUUGUAUCACUUUAUAUAUGGAAUGUAUGUAGUUGAAAGUCAGUGAAAAUGUGCAGCUAUGCUAGAAUAUUAGCCCAUUACCCGUAUGUGGUGCUGAUUGCUGUACUUGUUGUCUCAUUGACGUGUCUCAUAGUAACUGUUACCAUCGGCGACAGACCGAACUUCGAGGAACCAAUGGCAGGUUUUGAGCCUCGGGGCACGGAAAUCAGUAAUCGUCUUACAGCAUAUAAAAACCUUGUAAAUGACCCAGAUUUGACUCCCACGCCGCAGAUUCAGGAAGCAGUUAUCCAGCUUGCCAACAAACUCUACCUCAAUACAGCCUACCAGAAAAAUAAUACAACAUCUCCUGUUUACAGAUUUAAACGGGCAAAGCGAAAAUCAGUAAAGCCAUUCUUUUGUGAUGUCCCAGAUGGUCGCUGGGUGAAGGUUGUGUACACAAGUGUUGUGAAAGAUGAUUUGUUCACAUUGAAAAAUAUCAAGGACAUGUGCACUCUAGAAGAGAAGUUUAUAACAUCAAAACCACUUUAUAAACGAAAUUGUCUUAGACAAGCUGACCAUUCUCAAUGUUGUCGUACAUUAUCACUCGGAAACUACAUAGCGCUGCUCACAGAUAAACCUAGUUGCUCAAACAUUACCGAGGAAGAUGUUAAAACAGUGAAAAAUUUGAUACAGACAUGUGUUGAAUUUUACCACGACUUUUCUCUCAGUUCAAGCUGUGAUACUAGACAUUCGCCAUAUGGGGAGAAAAUCGGCUGCAAAGAUAAGAAAAUUCCAGAAUAUUGUAAGGAUUAUAAUGCCGUGUAUAAUGUGAUGCAUUUUAUAUCUGAUCGCUCAUUCCAAAGAUCAGACCAAAAAUUGACUUACGCUUUAUCAUUCUUGCCAGUAUCAUUCCAAAGGGUAGCAACGUCACAGAAACUUGAUGAUGCCAUAAAUCUGUAUCUUGAUAUUGAAUCAAACUUAGACAGUGUUGGCAACAUAGAAUUAGUUGCAGCAGAUUUCGGCAUUAAAGAUCAUUUAUUUCAUCAUUAUCUAGCCAAAGAUAGUAAAUGGAUCACUAUAAGUGGAGUUGUUAUAUUUUUUGUUAUAUGGAUUUUCACGGGGUCUAUUUUUAUAACCAUUAUGACAUUUCUUUCUAUGUUCUGGUCUUUAGAACUUUCAUAUUUUUUAUAUGUGUUUGUUUUUGAAAUCAAAUUUUUUCCUUAUAUGAAUCUUGUUACAGUUUUAUUAGUGAUUGCCAUAGGAGCAGAUGAUGUUUUUGUAUAUUCAAAAAUUUGGCACCUUGCUAAAAAGGAAAGAAAUAAUGGUACUUUAGAAAAGUUAGUUUCAGACACCUUAAAACAUGCUUCUUUAUCAAUGUUUGUAACCAGUCUUACAACUGCAGGUGCUCUUUUUGCAAACAUGGUUAGUCCAAUAACAUCUAUCAAAUGCUUCAGUAUCUAUGCAGGAACAACAGUACUGUGUAAUCUUGUUGUCAUGGUAACCUGGACGCCAGCAGCUAUUGUUGCUGAAGAGAAGUGGUGUAAUUUUUGUUUCAUCAACAGUCCUCGAAUUUACAGAAAGUUACAUGAAUAUUAUCGUUGCUUUUUUGAAAAAUUACUGCCAAAAUUUAUUUUAUAUCUGCGCUAUUUAUGGAUUGUUUUACUAAGUGCUAUAGGUAUUAUCAGUGGCAUUUUAGUGUUUCAUAACCCAAAGUUACGCCUACCUACCUCAUUUCAUUUUCAAAUGUUUCGAGAUGAUCACCUAAUGGAGAUGUAUGACCAGCAAUUACGGGAGAAUUUCUGGUUUGAGAAAGCUGUUGGUGAUCAGAAACCUCUGAUGCCAUUGACUAUUGUGUGGGGAGUUGAUAAUAUUGACAAUGGUGAUCAGCUUAACCCAUAUGACAAAGGAAGUGUACAAUAUGAUCCGAGCUUCAAUCCAAGUACCAAACAGUCACAGGCUUGGCUUCGCCAUUUCUGCACCAAUCUUCGUAAAACUGGAUUCUAUAAAAAAGUGACACCUUUUGAAUGGUCUAAUUGUUUUAUUGAACAUUUUAUCAUUUCCAUGAAAUCACCUUGUCCUAAAGGAGAAUUUAUUUGUUGUAGACAGCCUAUAUUUCCUUAUAAAGAAAAUAUUUUUAAUGCUUGUAUUAAGAAAUACAUUCCAAAGUUAAUGAACCAAGAGCUAUAUUUUGCAGAUAAGCUUUCUCCUGGACUUAAGUUUAGAAAUGGUAAGAUCUCUGCAUUGAUUGUACAAUUUUCCUCAAAUUUAACAUUUACAUAUGAUUAUGAAGUUGUAGAUGCUUUCUUUAAAGGUGUCAAUAAAUGGGUGCAUGAACAACUGAAGACGGCACCAAAUGAAAUGAAAAAGGGAUGGUUUACCAGUGAAUUUAAGUUUUUUGGCAUCCAGAAAAGUUUGGUAGAGGGCUUGCCUGUUGCUUUUGGUAUAUCUAUUCUUGUUGCAACAGCAGUGACAUUUUUUACAUCUCUCAAUGUUCUUAUAACUCUUUAUGCCAUGGUAACCAUAGCUUUUACAAUGUUAGUUAUUGUUGCAUCUAUUGUUUUGAUGAACUGGGAAUUAAAUAUUUUAGAGUCUGUCAUCAUCACAGUGUCAGUAGGAUUAUCCAUAGACUAUACAUUACAUUAUGGGGUAGCUUAUAGACUAGCUCCAGACCUUGACAGACAGAAUAGAGCUUACUGUUCUUUUGUUCGUGUUGGUGGUAUCAUCUUUGUUGCGGCUCUUUCUACUUUCCUAGCUGGAUUGUUUAUGCUUCCAUCUGUGACAUUAGUUUAUCAGAAGUUUGGAAUAUUUCUUGUCUUGGUCAUAUCUAUCAGCUGGGUUUAUUCCACUUUAUUCUUUCAAUCUUUGCUCAAUGUGAUGGGUCCACAAGGCGGGUUUGGACAAUUUCAUUGGCCAUCACUUGACUGUUGCUCAAUGUCCUCCCAAAGUCACAUUGAUCGAACUGUGUACACGAUGUCAGAGUCUACAAUGUCGACAUCAAGCUCUGGUUAUCCCUAUCAUCCCAGCAUAGAUACAAAUGCCACUGAGCAUGAUUACCUACCUGACAGGUCUGACUCUCAUCAAGGUACUCCGUAUUACCGUACCAGACCUGGCCGAUAUUACUCCAGACCUAAGAGUGAAAGUGUGAGCCCAGAUAAUCACUCUGAAAGGAAAUUACUCAGUAGUGAUGAUAAAAGUAGUUCGGCAGAUAGAAAUAGUGGUAACGAGAAUGUGUGUCGUAUUGCUGUGGAAGUACAUGACAAUUUGCACACUGAUUCUGAUAAACAAAGUACUGAGGUGUAAAAAUUAUUUUAAAAAAUAUACAGUUUAUGAAAUCACCAUUGCUGUGAAAAUACCAUAUUUUAGCUUUAAAAUGUUACUUUAUAUGUUUAUAAAAUGAUGUAAGACGAUUUUUUUCUAAUAAAUUUUGGUACUAGUAUAUUUACUGGUUAAUCAUAAGAUAUUUUUUACUAAAAUUCAUAGGGAUUAAAGAUUUUUUGUAAACUGGAUGAAACAAUUUCAUUUCCUCUGUAAGAGUUCUAGAGUAGAGAUAGCAUUAAAUAUCUGAAUAAAUAAGUUUAUAACAUGUAUGAUAAUAGUAAGUGUUGAUAAAUUGAUACUAAGGACAAAAACUUAUCUUUUUGAUAAAUUGAAGAGAAAUUUUAAAUUUUGUAUAUUGUUAUUUCAGGAUAUUUUUGAUUUGCGGUCAUUACAUUUGUUCCAAUAAGACAAUCACUGUAUCUAUUUAUAAAAUAUGUAGCACUGUUUUAUAUAUAUGUGGAAUAUCAACAGUAACUACACGAUUGGUUGUGCCCAUUAUGUCGUACGUUGACAAAGUCUAAAUUUAAAAUAAGGGGAAAAUAGCAUUAAAUUCAUUUGUAGUAUUCAAGUUGAAUUAUAUUUUAUUUUUGUUUAUAUUUACAAAUUAUAUAAGUAUUUACAGAUUUUUAUAUUAAAAUGUUUAUUAUUUGAGAUUAACAAAGGUUGAGGUUUUUUAGAAAAUUAUUUUCCUGGUUAAUGUCCGUCCAUCUGUCUCACAUGUUAGAGACAUGUUAGACAAAAAGGUAAAAAAUGAAAUUAUAUUACUCAUUUUGAAUCACAGUGGAUGAAAUAUAAUAAUGUAGACAAUUAUGUUAAAAUAAUAAUCUCAAGAUUGAGCUUUUGUCAGUCUGUUUGCCAGUCUGUCAAGCUGUUUUUCCAUCUGUCAGCCUGUUUGUUUAUCACUGUGUUUGUCUGUCUGUCUGUAUGUUUGUUAGUAUGUCAGUGUGAUUGUCGGUGAUAACUUGUGUUCAGCAAAGUUUUUAGUUUUCAUAUUGAUUAAUAUUAAAUGUUUACAUUGUAUUUAGUUAUAAUAUUUUAUAAAAUUUCAUUUUUAUUCUAUUACCUCUUUUUAUCCUGUUCGAUUAAUUCAAAUAGUAUUGCCAUUUGGUCAUGUCCAUAAUUCUAUUUUUUAAAACAAUGUACAACAAGAACUCAUGUUUUAACCAAAAGUAGUUAUAGAUCAGCAAAGCUGAAACUUACAUUUAGAUAUUUUUUAUUUAUCUUUAUUAUUUGAAGGAAAUAUUUAUAGAGUAUGUCGCCAUGACAACUAUUGUUAAAUGCAAUCCUAUUAUAUAACUAUAAAAUACUUGCCAAAGUCCUUUUAUUGUUAUGACAUUAAAUUAAAUGCAGCAGUUAUUACAUGGCAGUUUUUACUGUUUUACUGUUUUAACUCCGACAUAAUAUUGUUGGUUGAUCAUGGUAAAUAUCUAAAUAUUUUAAAUCACUAAGAUCAAAAUUUGACAGGACCAAAAAGAAAGUAGGACAUGCCACUAUAUUUGGGUGAGUUUGUAAUUAUAACAAUGUUUCAACUUUCAUCUUAAAGACUUUCAUUUUUAAGAAAAACUUUCAUAUAUUGAUAAAAGGCAAAAUUUUAUUUUUAUUUUCAACUAUUCAUAUGUAGAGGAUAGAUAACAUAGUUUUGUAUAGUAUAUAGAGUUACAAUAAUGUUUUUGUAGAUUAUCCAAAGUUAUGAGAUUACAUGUGUUUAUAUUAUAUAUAUAUAAGUCAAUGAUAAUUGUUAAUUUAUGAAUAAUAAAAUGUCAUACAAACUUGUUUUAUCU